GCGGCUCUCCUUCGGAACGACCGAACGCGCCGCGCGGAGCGGUCAUUGCCGAAGUUGGCUGGCACUUGCCCGGUACGCCGAUGUGGAGCGAGCGUAGCGGUCGGCGCCUUUGAAGCCCUCUUGACAGCGUCGACGGGCCUGACGGCGCCGGCGUAACGCCGAGAUCGCGGGUGUUGACGCGGCUCUAGCGGCCAGUGCUUCGAUGUACCGACAAGCGGUAGCGAUGGCUUUGAGUGUAUGAGUGUCGCACAUACCGGAACCCCCGUCUCUUUCCAUUGGAUUUUUUCUCUUUUUUUUGGUGCGGACGCCGGGAGACUUGACUGUGAGGACGGUAGGCGAAACCUGCGUCGUCUCGGAGACAGUCUGCGAUCGCAAAGCGCUCCCAACCAAUCAGAACUGCCUGGGAUCGGCGGACGCAGGCCGCACCUCUCUGCGUAUCAAAGGACAAGUCGACAACGACGGAUCUCGGAACGGAAUGAUGGCCACGAAAUAGCGGAAUAAGGUAAUUUGAGUCACCUGUCCGCAGUCCUGUGGAGAGAAGCGUGGGCUACGGCCCGCAGAAACCGCGCCAUGCUUUUCGGCGCAGAUUCAAUGGACAUGAAGUCCGGCCCCGGGAGGCGCGUAGUCCAGGCAGGUACCCUGAGCAUGACACCAGGCGGCAACGGGCUUGGCGCUCUGGGCAUGGCCGGUCUUCUACCGGGCCCCGAGUGCGCGGGCUGCCAAAAGCCCAUCCGGGAGCGGUUCCUGCUCAAGGCGCUGGACCAGCUGUGGCACGAGGACUGCCUCAAGUGCGCGUGCUGCGACUGCCGCCUCGGAGAGGUCGGCUCCACCCUCUUCACUAAGGCCAACCUCAUACUCUGCAAGAGGGACUACCUCAGGCUCUUCGGCACUACUGGUCUCUGCUCUGCGUGCAACAAAACAAUACCGGCGUUUGAAAUGGUCAUGAGGGCCCGCGGGAACGUGUACCAUCUGGAGUGCUUCGCCUGUCAACACUGCAAUCACAGGUUCUGCGUGGGCGACCGCUUCUACCUGUUCGACAACAAGAUACUCUGCGAGUACGACUACGAGGAGCGGCUGUCGUUCCAGAACGUGCCGUUCCCGGGCCACAAUCCAAGCAACCAACAGCAGCAGCAGCAGCAAAACGCCAACAACGCCUCGACGCCCGGUGCAGGCGGCGGAGGCGGAGGCAAUGGUAGCAUUGGAAACCACCAGGCGAGCAACCAGGGCAGUAAUAGCAACAGUGGCCCAGCAACCGGCACGACGACGACGACUACUAACAGCGCUGGUCGCCCGCCCAUCGGUACGCCUCCCGGCAGCGCCGGCGGCCCCAAUGCUAACAACGGCAACAGCAAUAGCCUCCAGCGGCUCAAGCGACACACGCUAGACAGCAUGCCCGUACAGGACGACGCGUCCAGCGGCUACGGCAGCCCCGAUUCCAUGAUGAGCGACGGCAAGUGACCCAGGGAGAAAGGCGGCCGCGGUCGGCACCACGCCGGAGCCGCCGCCCUCGCCUGCAAGCAAGACCUGAGCUAAUGCGCCUUCCCUGGCCUGGACUACAUGCUUGGGCUACGCGUGCGCGCGCACGCUUUAUGUCACCAUAGCCUUACGCUCGCGCGAUGUGCGCUUUUCUUUUUUCUUCUUGGGGGGGGGGGGGGGGGGUUGCGAAUGGACGUUGGGACAACGAAGCGUUGCGCUGGCCAUCGGGCUAACCCAAAGAAAACCGUUCUUUCUGACCGGUAAAUAUACGAAGACCUGUGUGUGACCAGGAGAACCAAGAAACCAGCGUCAUCGCCGAAAGCGGCCAAGAACGUUUGACUCCACGAUAGUGAGCAAACCUGGACAAAUGCGUAGAUGACUUCACAUGCGACGGGGCUGAAGUGUGUAUGUGCGCGCGUGUGUACAAUUGACUCGGGGUUUCACGGGUCGUGCCUGUGAGAUCCAUAUGACAAAAUGUGCCAUGUGAUGUUGCUCCUGUCGUUUUACGUCGCACUCUCGGCGGGGUCUUCCCUGCAACUGCGACACGGUGCCGGACCAAACCGUGCCCCGUCAUCGGGGCAUCAUCGUAGCGUUUCCUCAACUUAAGCUUGCCAGGAGAGCGGAUGAAGCCAAGCUAAGGACUGGACUGGUGGACUCCGGACUGAAAAGAGAAUCAGUGCGUUUUCUCCUCCGUGGGAUAUGAGGUCGGCUGCCGUUCUUCCAACGUGAAUGGUGUACACGACUAGUCUCCUCUUCCUUCCCCGACGAAAAAACGCCAGCGGCCUGAAGUCACACUCUGGGCGCCCGCAAGUUCCUCAGCUGCUCUGGUCUUCGUGUUGAUCCAGCUCCUUAUACAUACCUGUGUACAUAGAGACCCCGACCCCACCACCUGUAAAGCUCGCUGCACCCGCUGCCGUGUGAUGUGUAAAUACGCCUGCUUGCGCCCAGUCACAGAACGGCGCUGCCACUUAUUGGAAUCAUUAAAAAAAAAGUGUGUACAGUCAUUACUCCGGCA